UCUAUUGAAAGUUCUAAUGGUUAUAGUGAGUGUUGUACACAUAUUCGGUUGUCUUUGGCAUGGGAUAGCCCAUUACAAUACUUCCUUUUCAUGGCUGGAUGCUUACAAUUUGAGAGAUAAGUCAAACGCGUCUAAAUAUAAUGUGGCCAUUUAUUGGGCUACAAUGACCAUGACUACAGUUGGAUAUGGAGAUAUCACAGCCAAGAAUGACCUGGAAUUACUCAUUAACAAUUUAACUAUGUUUAUAGGAUCGAUUGUGUUUGCAUAUUCAGUCAAUAGCAUUGGAAUAUUUGUGUCCAAUAUGUACAAAGGCACCAUGGAAUACAAUAGAACUGUUAGUUUAAUAAAUACGUAUAUGAGUAAAAAUAAGAUACAGUUUGACUUGCAGACCAAAGUAAGGAGCUACUUGGAAUACAUUUGGCAGGAGGAGUAGGAGAUGAAUGAUGAUGAAGUCGGAUCGAUUGUUAAUAAACUUAGCAAGCAUUUACAAGAUGAAUUGCAAUAUCAAUUAAGAGGGAACAUCCUAAAGAAUUGUAAAAUUAUCAUGAAGUUAUUUUCUGAAUCCUUCAUCAAGAGUCUGUUGCAUAAUAUGGAGGAGCAAGCAUAUUCUCCUGAAGAAAGAAUUAUCACUGUAAGUACUGUUGAAAUAUUUAAAGAUUAAUGAACUGGAUGAUUGCUCCCUCUACAUUAUUACCAAAGGGGAAGUUGAGUUGAUCUUUGAAGGCAACUAGAUCAAAGAAAAAGUCAAGAGGAACACAUUCCAAAAUUACCAUUAAUUUGACUGCUUUGGAGAACUAGCCUUUUUUACUGGAAAUCCAAGGACUGCCACUGCAAUCUCAAAGGGAUUCACCAGAGUAUUCAAAAUAUCCAGGGACAAAUUCUUAAAUGUCAUAUCUUCUUAUCCAGAUGAUUAUGAAAGGUUUUGUGAAAUCAGAGAUCGCAUUAUAAAUGGUGAUUAUGGAGCCUUGUAUCUCAACUGCUUUAGUUGUCAAAGCAAUUCUCAUUUAAUUCAACAUUGUAAUUACUUGCAUUUUUGUGCUGACAAAGAAAAGAUCAUUAAAAAAGAGUAAUAUCCUGUUAUUCAAAGAAGAUGUUAAAGAUACUCCAGAAGGGAUAUGGGUAAGUAUAAUGCAUGGAUCAAUUUCUAAUUAAAUUCAAUUCGUGGAUUAGAUUUUCAGAAUGAUGCUUAUGCAAAAGGGUAUGAUGAUGGUGACUCUCAUACUUUGUAAAUGAAUGAUGCAUAUGAAGAUGAUGAAGCAUAGAUGGAAUAGGGUAAAAUACCAAAUGAUAUAUUUAGUUGAAAAUAAUGAAAAACCUAUAUCUGGCACAAUGCUCUAAAGUAUUGAUGAUGACGACGGUUAAAGGCAAAUUAUCAGUUACCAUAGAAAAUCCAACUUACCUAAAUCAACUUUAUAAACCGCAGGUUUUGGAGGGAGUUUAACCAAAGAUUGUAACCAUAAUCUCAUUAUGUAUAGCCUAUAAGGACGAAUUGCCUAAUUAAGAAAAUUUUUUUGAAAAUCUCGAGUAAUUCACAGUUUCUCAUCCAAAGCCCUUACUCACCUUGAUUCAAUAGAAUAAUCCUCAACCUUCUCUUCCUUUACCACUACCCCAACUUAAAAGAUAACUUUCAAGAAGCGCAUCUAAUGAAGACCACAAUCAUCAACCACAUAGGUUGUCAAUUGAUUAAAAGUUGAUAAUGGUUGCUCCAUAAAAAUCAGAUGUGGAUAUUAAAAAUCUUGCUAAUAACCCCAGAGUACAAAUGAAAAGAACAACUACAAAUAAUUAGACAUUCUUUACAGAGAAUAACACUCAAAACAAUUAACAUAUAAGUACCCAAACAAUAGCCCCAAUGUUACCUGGUUUUGAUAAGAUGCAUAUCUUUUUGAUCUAUUAGCCAUAAAAUAAUUAUGAUUUGGUAAUAAAGAGGUAAUUAAUCUUUUAUAAUUUUAGAUAUGCUAAGGUUUAAAGAUUCUUUGGUAAAAAAAGAUUGUACCCUGAGUAUUCUGUUUACUCGUUCUUCUUUAUGGCCAUCAAAAAAGGUUGGAAAUUAAGGAGACUUGGAGAAUGCAACAAAAAUGCUAAGAGCCCAAUGAUGAUGAGGAGUCUAAGGAAGAUUUAGAAACCGUACUAGGGUAUUAACAAGUAAAGGAGUAACUUUUUCAAGGAAGUCAAUUGA